AUGCGCUGCCGCUCGAUCCGGUGCGGAAUAGUGCAGAAAGCGCUCACACCAAACGUCGAGACGCGCGUAAAGGGACGUGCAGCCGCCACCUCAACCACCGCGAGCGUUCACUGGGAGAAUGCACCGCCGCUGCCGCCUCGGAGUGGGGCACCGCAAUUCCCAACGGAUGCUUCGACCUCGACAGUGUUCAGGCCUGCGACGGCACAGCGUACCGGAUGUAGCGAGCAUUGGACGAAGUGCCGUUCGCAGAACGGUGCAGCAGAGCCGACAGCGAAGAAAGGGGAGAUGGAGCACCGCAGUGAAUUCGACAUCACCGGUGCUGCUGAUCUGACAGAGGCCAGAACUGUCUCCGACGUCGUGUUUUUGCCAGGGCGAGACGAGGCCGGAACGGAAUCUCCGCUGACACGUGAGCAAGUCACUGUCUGCGACCUGGCGUGCCAAGGUGCAUCACUGUUCAUUGGGGGCGAGGCAGGUACCGGCAAGUCGCACCUUUUGCGUGCCAUCGCAGAGAAGCUGACGGCACAGGGGCACCGCAUUGCCAUCACGGCUUCCACUGGUAUUGCCGCGUUGAACAUCGGUGGGAACACUUUCCACAGCACCUUUGGCGUGCCUCUACCCACCCCAGACGAUAUGAUGGACCUGCCUACGAAGCCUCCACCCACGGAUGCCACCCUCGACGUCGACGACGGUCCCGAGAACAGGGGCGGCAAUGGUGAAGACAUCGAGGAGGAUGUGGUUGUAGACGACUUCGGCACAGGGCCCUCGGUCGAAAAAUUCGGACACCCGCGUCGACUGCGAUUCAGAAACACCGGUGUUCUCGCGGAGGUGGACGUAGUGGUCAUCGACGAAGUUUCCAUGCUGCACGCGGGGGUACUUGAGUCUUUUGAGCGGGCAGCCCGUCGCAGGGCAGGGUGUGACGCCAGUCGGCCGUUCGGGGGUCUGCAGAUGAUUCUCUCCGGCGACUUUCUUCAACUCACGCCGUUCGCCUCUGUCAGUGCCCGUUUCGGCAGACGGCGGCGCUACCGUCACGUCGAUGAUGAAAGGCCCAACAAAGACGACGACCGCAUCGUCUGCCAAUGCGUCAGUCCUGAGAGCGACGAUGCACAGGCGUCCGCAGACGAGGCCACGAUUCCAGCGGAGGCGGCAGAGAAGUCAUGUCGUACCGCCGACGUCGCUGCCGCGUCUGAGGUAGAGAGCACAUUGCCUGCGAAACAAAGCAAGCGGAAGCGAGUCUCCGGUGCCUCCGAUUCUAGCGCCGGGACGCGUCGCCGCGGCGACCUGUGGUACUAUGACAAGCCCAUGUUCGAGAGCUGGUGCUUUACCCACUAUCUCCUUCAUGUACAGCUUCGAGAACCACAGCGCCAGCAUGAUCAAAGGUUCGCCGCCGACUUGAAUCACCUGCGGCAGGGCCGGCUUCCCUAUCGACUGUCGCGCUCCGGUUUUCUGAACGCGGCGGUCGAGGAUGCCGUGCGCCUUCUACCGACCAAGGGAGCCGUCAAGAACUACAACGACCGCAAGAUGUUGGAGCUGGAAGGAGAGGAGCGACUUUUUCCAACGCAACUUACCGUGACUGAUGCGAUGCGCGCGCCUUCCGUUGGUACUGCAGCAGAGCAGAAGUGGGAAGAUGCCGACGACGGCGGCGAAUGCGGAGCCACACUGCUUGUGCACUACCGUUUCCGCUCCCCUACGAAAAGUGCCGGAGUCGUGCUCAAGCAGCGAGGGCGACUACGGGACAUGGAGGCGACUGCCGUCGCUCGCACCCUGGAGGAGGUUUGCCUCUUUCCUCGUGGCUCUGUUCAGGUCUACGGCCUCCCCUCACCGCUCUCGUACUCCACGUCCUUGUCGGCUGUGUGUGUGCGCUGCAGUGGCGCAACUCACUACGUUGCAGAGGUCCGCCGAUGCACUAUGAAGAACGUCCUGGAGAUGUGUUCUGGAGCCCCUGGCGCUCGAGACGGCGAGGCCGUGUCGAGGAACGUCAACGGCGCUCAGGGGUACGCGCGCGCAGUCGCUCGCCUGCAGCCCCUCGGUGUUUUGUUUCCGCGAGAAGUCGUGCGUGUAGAAGCGGUGGGGCCACGGCAGCUAAUGCGUCGGCUGCAACCGUUUAUGCAGGAGAACUUGCGCCAGGCUAUCCGAAAGGAUACCGUGCUGCAGGAUAAGCGGCUGAAGGUCGGGUGUCGUGUGAUGCUGCUACGCAACUUGACGCUUCAGUAUGUGAAUGGCUCUCUUGGCACGGUGGUUGGGUUUCGAUCGUUCUCGGCCUGCAAGGAUCUCUUGCCGGAGGAGAUGAAGGCGCGUGCGACCCCGGCACACCUGCUGGAGCGUGUCGCUGUGCAUUUCACAGGGAGCGGACAGGGCGGCGCGGCAAGCGCCGUGCAGGUGCCUGUAGUGCGGAUGGACGCAGACGGCAAAGAUGUCGCGAUUCCUUGGAUCACGCUGCCGGUUUCGGUCACGAAGCAGGACUGGUGCUUCACCUUGCAUGCCGCCUGCAUCCCGUUGACACCGGCGUACGCGUUCACAGUGCACAAAGUCCAAGGCGUUACGCUAAACCAUGCCGUGCUCUUUGACGCCGGGGAUAUGUUUCCGUGUGAUCACCUUGUGUACGUCGCGUCGAGUCGCGUGCGCAAGUUCGAGCACCUGCGCAUCGUGAAUCUCUCUCCGCGUAUGAUAUCGGUGCACAAGCCCUCGCUCCUUUUCACCCAAAAGAUUCCAAGCGUCGAGGCCGCAGCCGCGACGUUGGCGGCCUGGAAGUCGACGCCGCGCUCAGGACAGUUGCUCUACCUUCCCUCUCACCUUGACCGAGAAUCACCUCGGUAG